GAAACCGGUGCGCGUUUUCUUGCCGCCGCGAAACGGAAGUGUGAAAGUGAUUUCGACUUUGAUGUCUCUUUUUAUUUGUGACUGUGAAAGAUGCCAGGCUUGUCGGAAAAGCCAAUCCUAAUCGACGGUCGCGGCCAUCUGUUGGGCCGUUUGGCCUCGGUCAUUGCCAAGCAGAUCCUGAAUGGCCGCAAGGUAGUGGUCGUGCGCUGCGAGGAUUUGCAGCUGUCAGGACACUUCUUCCGGAACAAGAUAAAGUUCUUGGCCUAUCUGCGCAAACGGUGCAAUGUCAAUCCGGCCCGUGGCCCAUUCCAUUUCCGUGCCCCCAGCCGGAUGCUGUGGAAGGCCGUCCGAGGAAUGGUCCCACACAAGACCAAGCGAGGACACAACGCCUUGAAGCGCCUGAAGGUUUACGAGGGCAUCCCAUCGCCGUUUGAUCGCCAGAAGCGUCUGUGUGUCCCAACGGCCAUGAGACAGCUCUGCCUGCGUCCCGACAGGAAGUUCUGCGAUGUCGGACGAGUUGCCCAUGAAGUUGGCUGGAAGUACCGAGACGUUGUCAACAACCUGGAAGCCAAGAGGAAGAUCAAGUCCCGGUUGUCGUACUUGCACUCGAAGAAGCUGAAGAAACUGACAUGGAAGGCACGCACCGCCGUUGCCGACAAGGUCAAGGACCAGGAUGCCGUUCUCCGGAAAUACGGAUACCUCACCUCCGAAUUUGAGAAGAAGUGGAGUCGACCUGUUCUCAACGCGCAGCCAGCCAAGCCAGGAAAGAAGAAGCGUCAGGCCGCUGCUGGUAGCAACUGAAAAAUCAAGUCUUGCUGCGAUAUUUAAGGCAAACAUCUAAUAAAUUUCAAACACAAGUUA